GGGAGAGCGGGGAGGCUGUGCCAGGCGAACCGGAGGGGUGCUCUGCGCUCCCCCGCCCUCCUUCCGGGAGCGAGGAUGCAGACUCUAGAACUGGUGCUGCUGGGCUGAGGCGGAGGCAGGGGAUUUGCAACGCGCGCGGCUCUGCUAGUGUGUCUCCUGCGAGCGGAGAGGCGGGGGGAGGCGGAGGACCGGGAGGCGGAGGAGGAGGAGGGGGAGAAUGCCUGGAGCUGCCACCGCCGCCGCCGCGAUGCUCCCGGCUCAGGAGGCUGCCAAGCUAUACCACACCAACUAUGUGCGGAACUCGCGGGCCAUCGGCGUGCUGUGGGCCAUCUUCACCAUCUGCUUUGCCAUCGUCAACGUGGUGUGCUUCAUCCAGCCCUACUGGAUCGGCGACGGCGUGGACACCCCGCAAGCCGGCUAUUUCGGGCUCUUCCACUACUGCAUCGGCAACGGCUUCUCCCGGGAGCUGACCUGCAGGGGCAGCUUCACGGACUUCUCCACGCUGCCCUCGGGCGCCUUCAAAGCCGCCUCCUUCUUCAUCGGCCUCUCCAUGAUGCUCAUCAUCGCCUGCAUCGUUUGCUUUACCCUCUUCUUCUUCUGCAACACAGCCACCGUGUACAAGAUCUGUGCUUGGAUGCAGCUCACCUCCGGUGAGUGCGCGCUCACCUCCGUGGAGGCGGGGGACCCUUGAGUGUCCGAGCUCGGGAGGGGUUGGAGUGGGAGGGACCGCUCCCUGAGCUCUGCGGUCCGGACAACUUAAUCUUCUCUCAGAC